GGCCGUCUGGCCCCUCGCCUCGGCCGGGGCUGUCCCUUUAAAUCCUGGAGGAGGCAAAGAGAAAAAAGGAAAGAAAGAAAAAAGACGCGGAGCCCCGAGCGGAGGGUGGCUCUGCUCGGUCCCCCACUCCGCCCCCGCGCCGCGUCCCGCCUGUCGCCCGCCGCCUCCGCGGGUCCCGGGCGCCCCCCGCAGCGCCGCCCACUGCCACAGUUACUGUCAAAAUAGAAAUUAAUUGGAGCCGAGGAGGAGGUUGAGACGCAGCAAGUGCUUGUGCGGCAGGGCGGGGAGGGGGCGCAGGGGAGGGGGCGGGCGCGAGCGGGAGGCGACCGCAGACAUCCGGGCCCUUUAGCCCAGUGCGCACCCCGAGCCGCUGGCGCGGGCAGCGCGGGUGCGGAGCGCGGGGCGCUGGGCGCGGGGCUGACAGCCGCGGCGCGGGAGGCGGGGCGUGAGGAGGGCGGAGGCGCGGCGCGGGGAGGGAGGAGCUGCCGCGCGCCCGCCGCCGCCGCUCGGCUCCACACCGCCGGCGCAGCCCCGCCACGAGACUCUGACAGCCGCGCGGCCCGCGCUGCUCCGGCGCUCAGGGACGGACGGACCGCGGCGGCGGCGGCGGCGAAGGAGGACGCGGGGACCGCGGCCCGGCGCCAAGUGCAGGAGGCGCGCGGGUCCGGUGGCGCGCAGAGGUCCCCUCUGAAGCAGCUGGGAACUCAGAAGCCUCACCACCCCUGAGGAGUAGGCCAGCCAGGAGAGCAGUAAGGGAUGGCGUGAAGCCCACCAGGGCCUGAGGAGUGAGCACAAUCUGCAGCUUGUUGGACCUGGCGCCUCCAAGUCGGGAGACUGCACCGCCGUGGAGACUCAAGAAGAAUUGAUACUGCGGCCCCCAGUGACAUGUACACGGUGUAAUGACAGGCUUGACUGGGGCCGUGGACAGGGCUGACCCUGUGAGGUCUCGUGAUGGAGGUGAUGGGGGGCAGGAGGAAGCAGAAGAGGCCCAGCCCUGCAAGUGGGUGGAUGAGGACUUACAUCAUGUGUGCAGCCUCAGGAAGGAAAUGAGCAGGUUUGCAGAGAAACUGCUGGCCUGAAAUUUAAGAAGAAGGCGUCGUUGCUUGGAUGUACCCCAGACAUUCUGUGAUAUUUCUGGAGAGGACUAGUUCUUGGGGGAACCUGGAAUUCGGCUGCCGCUACUGAUGCUCCGUGUGCUCGUGUAUGGAAGGACCACCUGCGGGAGGAAGGACAGCAGCCUGGAGCUCCGUUAGCCUGGCAGCUGUGUCACUAUGAUGAACAGGGCUCUGGCUGAGAACAUGGCCAAUGGCAUUGACGAGCUGAUCGGCAUUCCCUUCCCCAACCACAGCAGCGAGGUCCUGUGCAGCCUGAACGAGCAGCGGCAUGACGGGCUGCUUUGCGACGUGCUCCUGGUGGUGCAGGAGCAGGAGUACCGCACCCACCGCUCCGUCCUGGCCGCCUGCAGCAAGUACUUCAAGAAGCUCUUCACGGCCGGCACCUUAGCCAGCCAGCCCUACGUCUACGAGAUCGACUUUGUCCAGCCCGAGGCGCUGGCCGCCAUCCUGGAGUUCGCCUACACCUCCACGCUCACCAUCACCGCCGCCAACGUCAAGCACAUCCUCAACGCCGCCAGGAUGCUGGAGAUCCAGUGCAUCGUGAACGUGUGCCUGGAGAUCAUGGAGCCUGGGGGAGACGGGGGGGAGGAGGACGACAAGGAGGACGACGAGGAUGAUGAAGAUGACGAUGAGGAGGAGGACGAAGAGGAGGAGGAGGAAGAGGAGGAGGAGGAAGAGGAAGAUGACACGGAGGAUUUUGCUGAUCAAGAAAACUUGCCCGACCCCCAGGACAUCAACUGCCACCAAAGCCCUUCCAAGACAGACCACCUCUCGGAGAAGGCCUAUUCGGACACACCCAGGGACUUCCCAGAUUCCUUCCAGGCCGGCAGCCCCAGCCACCUGGGUGUGAUCCGGGACUUCUCCAUCGAAUCUCUGCUGAGGGAGAACCUGUACCCCAAAGCCAACAUCCCCGACAGGAGACCCUCCUUAUCUCCAUUCGCCCCGGACUUCUUUCCGCACCUCUGGCCAGGGGACUUCGGUGCCUUCGCCCAGCUGCCCGAGCAGCCCAUGGACAAUGGGCCCCUAGACCUGGUCAUCAAGAACCGCAAGAUCAAGGAGGAGGAGAAAGAGGAGCUUCCCCCACCCCCACCACCGCCCUUCCCCAAUGACUUCUUCAAGGACGUGUUCCCGGACCUUCCCGGGGGGCCCCUGGGCCCCAUCAAGGCAGAGAAUGACUACGGUGCCUAUCUCAACUUCCUGAGUGCCACCCACCUGGGGGGCCUCUUCCCACCCUGGCCGCUGGUGGAGGAGCGCAAGCUGAAGCCCAAGGCCUCUCAGCAGUGCCCCAUCUGCCACAAAGUCAUCAUGGGGGCUGGGAAGCUGCCACGGCACAUGCGGACCCACACCGGGGAGAAGCCAUACAUGUGUAACAUCUGCGAGGUCCGCUUCACCAGGCAAGACAAGCUGAAGAUCCACAUGAGAAAGCACACGGGGGAGCGGCCCUACCUGUGCAUCCACUGCAACGCCAAGUUCGUGCACAACUACGACCUCAAGAACCACAUGCGCAUCCACACGGGCGUGCGGCCCUACCAGUGCGAGUUCUGCUACAAGAGCUUCACGCGCUCCGACCACCUGCACCGCCACAUCAAGCGCCAGAGCUGCCGCAUGGCGCGGCCCCGGCGCGGCCGCAAGCCCGCCGCCUGGAGGGCCGCCAGCCUGCUCUUCGGGCCCGGCGGCCCGACCCCGGAGAAGGCGGCCUUCGUCAUGCCGCCCGCGCUGGGUGACGUGGGCGGCCACCUGGGCGGGGCCGCCGUGUGCCUCCCGGGCCCCAGCCCCGCCAAGCACUUCCUGGCGGCGCCCAAGGGCGCGCUGAGCCUGCAGGAGCUGGAGCGGCAGUUCGAGGAGACCCAGAUGAAGCUGUUCGGCCGCGCCCAGCUCGAGGCCGAGCGGAACGCGGGGGGCCUCUUGGCCUUCGCGCUGGCCGAGAACGUGGCUGCCGCGCGGCCCUACUUCCCGCUGCCCGACCCGUGGGCCGCGGGCCUGGCCGGCCUCCCCGGGCUUGCCGGCCUCAAUCACGUGGCCUCCAUGUCCGAAGCCAACAACUAGGCUGGUCCUCGUCAACCCCAGUCCUCCUUCCCCGUCCUCUCCCAGGCCCACCUGCCCCAUCCAAUGGGUCUGAACUUUUUAUUUCAGAAGGAGAAAGGAAAAAAGCAAACAGCAGCAGCAGUAGUAUUUUCUGGGCCUCCUGAGGCAGUUGCCUCCCCUUUGCUGGUGUCUGAGAUGGGCGACCCCUCCCAAAAGGCCUGGCCUCUCCCUGGCUGCCUCUUGGCUCUCAUACAGAAAUUCACAGGGGCCCAUGCUACAGAGGAGGCCCCAGGCCGGGUGUCCAGGAGCACUUUGCAGCUGUGUGGGGCUAGAAGGAGGGAGGUGGCUGGGCCAGAGGCAGAUGGGAUAGAGCAGGAUGAAGGCAGGGGCCUGAGACCCACAUCCUGUGAGCCCCACGGCACUAUGGCAGAGUCCCUACUGUCACUGUUCCAAUGGGGCAUUUUUCCCACCUCCAGUGCGCCUGGGAUCCUUAGGGGAAAUGCCCUCUUGGCAGGGAGGCCUCCUGGAGUCAGGAGUGAGGCUUCUGGAGUCAGGAGUGAGGCUCCUGGAGUCCGGGCCCAUUUUUCCCUCCCUGUCCUGUGACCUCGGACAGGUCAGCCCUCUGUACCCCAGUUUCACCCUCCUGUGAAAGGGGGCUGGUAAUUUCCUUUCCCCCUCCCACCCACGCACACACUCAUAUGUGCCCAUCCCUCCAGAGAGAAGCUUUGAGAGAACAGACACUUUGCACUCCUAAUGUCCCUGGUGACACUGUCUGUUUUACUGGACCUAGUUUUAUCACAUCCGCCUCUAUGCUAGCACAGGUGAGAACUGUGGCCAAACUAGACGGGGCGACAGAGGAAAAGGGCUGGGGUGGGGCUUGGCCACAGCGCCCAGGAAGCUUUUGGCAUUUCCAAAUCCUCCCCUCCCCUCUGGGCGGGCCACUGUGCACAGCUGGGGACGACCAUCUAGCAUUGUCCCCACCUCCACACGCCCCCUCCAAUGCCAUAAGGAGUCUUUCAGGACUCCUGGGGCCAACACAGAACGAAUGGGGGCCACCUGUUAACACCUGGCAACUGCCUCCCUCCGCCUGAUGCCCAGUAACAGACAAAACGCCCAGUUAUGCAGGCGUAUGUUUGCUUUUCAGAUGCGGGCCCCUCGGGACUUUGGUGUUGCUGUGUUUGAACACCCUCAACUCCUCCCUGGUCCCCCAGGGAGGACGCUGGGUGUCCAGUGGGGGACGUCAGAGCCUUGGCUCCGGUAUGGGCUUGGAGGGCUGUGUGAGGGAGGGCUGUCCACACACUCUCCCUGGCUCUCCAGUUUGUAGCCAGUCCUGAGAAGGAAGACAGCUCUGCUGGCCCAGUGCCUUCCUGAUCUCUCCCUUGUCCUGCCCGUCCCUCCCUUUUCUUGCUGAGUUUGCUUUUGUUUCUCAGUAGCCCAGAGAAGGGAGGAGAGUUCAUCUGUGCAGAUGGCCCAGGGCUGGUGUCCCCAAUCCAGGAGCUGUGAACACAGAGACAGGCUCUUCCUAUUGCCUUGGCUUCUUCCUGAGCAAACACAAAAAACAAAAAGGCCAGAGAAGACCGCAGACUCUGUCACUCUCCCAGCUCCCCCACCCCAAACCCCAAGAGACCCCUGACUCCGCACACCACCAGAUGCCCUUUCAGCCAGAGGGAACUGUUGCUGACACCCUCUUGUCCUCAGAUGUCAUCUGCUGGGCAGCCGCCUCUCGGAUUCCUGUCUCCAUUUCUGACCCUCGCUUCUGGGACCCACCAGCCGACGUGCCCAUGUCCCUACCUCAGCCAAGGGAAUGGGGCUGACCCAAACUUUAAGAGAAAACAGGAAAAAUGAACAAAUUAGAAUCCAGUGGUGUUGGGGCUUUUGUUUAUUUUGUAAAGGUAACGACUUCUUAUAAACUCAAUUUUUCAGACAACUGGUUAGUUCUUUUUGUUUUCUCUUGGCUGCAGUUUGGAGUUGUAUGUUGUGAAAUAUCCAAAGAUGUCAAGUACUGUAUGAUCAAGAACUUGAAGCAAAUGGGUCGUGGGGGUAGGGAUGGUUGUGUUUUGUUUUGUUUCCCUUUUUUUUUUUUUUUUGGAUGUUUCGAUUUCCCUGUCUGUCUCUGGGAGAACUUUGGAAUUUUUUCUAUUUAUAUCUUUUUUUAUGUGAUUGCUUUAUGUAAAAUGACACUCAACAAGGUUUGCCUUAGUGUUUCAAGGGACAAUCUUCCAUAACUUUGGUCGCACGCCGUAUCCCGCCGAGAAAAACUCUCAGCUAAUUUU